AUGAUGCUUACGCCCAGAACACAGGCGUCAUUUACAACUGCGGUGGUAAGUGAAUUUCAAGUUAAAACAAGUUCUGGCGUGUUAGCACUCCACAAUUUCUUAAGCACUUGUGUAAAUUUUGCAGAUUGCGGAUCUGAAGUGAUGUUACGCCCGGGUGAUAUUGUGAUCUGUCGUGAAUGCGGCUAUCGUAUACUGUAUAAGAAGCGCACGAAGCAGAGUGCGUUUACAUUGUUAUGUUCUCGAUCACACGAUGAUAUUUUCUCUGCAGUUGUCCAGUUUGAAGCACGAUAA